AUGGCGGAGAUGUGCGCCUAUUGCUUUGAUGUGCUCGAGUGCAAGCUAUACAACCGAGGUGAACCAACCGGCCGUUCCUUCACCAAUGAUCCACACCCUUUGUUUGUGUCCUGGACGCUUACAUCGAAUAAACGACUUCGCGGAUGCAUCGGGAACUUUACGCCGAUGCCACUACACGCUGGUCUUCGUGAUUGCGCGGAAAAAAGUGCGUUUGAGGACUCACGAUUUUUACCUAUUACUACCGAUGAGCUUCACGACCUUACCGUGUCGGUUUCGAUAUUGCAGAACUUUCAACAGGCGCGUGGAUAUCUCGACUGGACCAUCGGAGCUCAUGGAAUCUGUAUCACGUUUCAUAAUGAACUAGGAGUUAGGUGCUCCGCAACGUUUUUGCCUGAAGUGGCGACAGAACAGGGUUGGGACCAAACAAACACGAUCGACUCCCUGUUAAGGAAGGGUGGAUACCGAGCUAGAAUCACGCCGAAAGUUCGUAAGUCAAUAAAAUUAACUCGUUAUACUUCUCAAAAAUGGCACAUGUCCUAUGAAGAAUAUCGCCAACGGUCUGAAAGAGAACAAGAAUCUUCUUAA